AGCCGGAAACCGCCGAUGGCCGUGGGGGCCGGCUGCGCGGUAGCCGGGACCUGCCCGCGAGGUAAGGUCGGCGCCGGCCUUCCCGGGCAUGGCCACUCUGGCCGCGGUGGCCGGUGCGGCCGUUGUCGCGCUACUCUCGGCUGCGCUCGCGCUGUACGGGCCGCCGCUGGACGCAGUUUUAGGAAGAGCAUUUUCACUGCAUAAAGCACGCUCAAUGAAGAAUAUGGCAGACACUCUUCAGCUGGUGAGAAAUAUCAUCCCUCCUCUGUCCACCAAGAAGCACAAGGGCCAGGAUGGAAGAAUAGGCAUCGUUGGAGGCUGCCAAGAGUACACUGGAGCCCCCUAUUUUGCGGCAAUCUCAGCUCUCAGAGUGGGUGCGGAUUUAUCCCAUGUGUUCUGUACCCGUGAGGCCGCACCCGUGAUCAAGUCGUACAGCCCGGAGCUGAUCGUUCACCCAGUCCUGGACAGCCCUGACGCCGUUCAUGACGUGGAGAAGUGGUUGCCCCGCCUGCAUGCGCUGGUCGUGGGACCCGGCCUGGGUAGAGACAGCACUCUUCUUGAUAAUGUCAAGGGCAUUUUAGAAGCAUCAAAGGCCAGGGACAUCCCCAUUGUCAUCGACGCAGAUGGGCUGUGGCUGAUUGCUCAGCAGCCAGCACUCAUCCAGGGUUACCAGAAGGCCAUUCUCACUCCCAACCACGCCGAGUUCAGCAGACUCUCUGACGCAGUGCUGGGAGAUGCCAAGGAUAGCAGCAGUGAUCGCCCCCGAGCUGAGCUGAGCCUCAGCCAGGCCCUGGGCAAUGUGACCGUGGUACACAAGGGGGAACGGGACGUGAUCUCCGACGGCAAACAGGGUGCUGUGGCUCAAGUUCUGCUGGGUUCAGAGGAAGCCCCGUGGGAAGGCAGCUGUGCCAGCAGGCAGUGCUCCGGGCUCCCCAACCUGCCACCUGUCUCACCUGUGGCAACAAGCAGCAGUUAAUUUGAGUAUUUCACUGCAUUUUGUUGUUUUACAAUGACUGGGAGGGAAAGAAGCCCUAGGAGCUGACACAUGUGGUGGGAAGCACCAGGCGCUGAGUGUGGUGAACCUCCCAGGCCGCCCCUUCUGCAGGCCUGGGGACUGCACCGCCGGGGGCAGGGGCCCAGAAGGCAGCGCCCUCGCACAUCCACACGGUGAGGUGCACGGCCAGGGAUCACCUGGAACAUCUAGCUGCCUGGACAAAUCCUCACAUCACCAAAAUCUGAUCAGGAGGCAAAAAGCGUGCCAGUUCCUUUAACCGAAAUUAGCAUGAAGACGUGUUGCCUUGGUGCAGAGUUCUGCACAGGUCACAGAAAUCGGCCAAAGGGAGGCGCGCGCGCGCGUGUGUGUGUGUGUGUGUGUGUGUGUGUGUCUGUGUGUGUGUACCAGCAGCCCUGUGGGAGGUCUCUGCUGACCACCUGUGCUGAACACGGGGGUCUGGGGCUGCCCGCCUUGGUCCCCUCCCCUGUAAAAGCAGCUGGCUUGG